CAAUUAUAAUUAACAUAUCGGCUUUAGUUAUCACGGCCGCAUUUCUUUUGUUGUGUUUUAUGUCCGUUUCUUGCUAAAAAUUACUACUGGUUAUUAUCGAGACAUAUUAGCCACAAAUUUAUUGGCUUGGUCCAUCUUAACUCAACAUCCAAAAAAAAAAAAAAAGAAAAAAACUACCUUUCAACAAAAUGGAGAGUGGAACGUCUGCUUCUCGUAAGACGUGGGAGUUAGAAAACAACAUUAACACAUUGCCCAGCUGUGAUGAAAUAUUCCGUUAUGAUGCAGAGCAGCAGAGACAAAUAUUAGAUGCUAAACCAUGGGCAAAAGAUCCUCAUUAUUUUAAGGAUAUAAAGAUUUCAGCUUUAUCACUUUUGAAAAUGGUUAUGCAUGCACGUUCAGGUGGUACACUAGAGAUAAUGGGCUUAUUAUUGGGUAAAGUAGAAGACAAUACUAUGAUUGUAAUGGACGCUUUUGCUUUGCCUGUGGAGGGCACCGAAACCCGUGUCAACGCUCAGUCCCAGGCCUAUGAAUACAUGUCAGCUUACAUUGAUUCUGCUAAGGAGGUAGGUCGCUUAGAGAAUGCUAUCGGCUGGUAUCAUAGCCACCCCGGCUACGGUUGUUGGUUAUCGGGCAUUGAUGUUAGCACCCAAAUGUUAAAUCAAACCUAUCAAGAACCGUUUGUAGCUAUCGUAGUUGAUCCGGUACGUACAGUGUCCGCGGGCAAGGUAUGUUUGGGUGCUUUUCGCACAUAUCCUACGGGAUAUAAGCCCCCUAACGAGGAGCCGUCGGAAUAUCAAACAAUACCGUUAAAUAAAAUCGAAGACUUCGGUGUACAUUGCAAACAGUAUUAUCCUCUGGAAGUUAGUUACUUUAAAUCAGCAUUGGAUCGUAAACUUUUGGACUCGCUCUGGAAUAAAUAUUGGGUCAACACUUUGGGCAGUUCAGGGCUCUUAACUAAUACAGAUUACACUACAGGUCAAAUAUUUGAUUUAUCUGAAAAAUUAGAGCAAAGUGAAACCAGUUUGGGCCGUGGCUCCUUUUUAGUGACAGGUGGAGACGUUAAUGAAAAACGUACUGAAGAUAAAUUAACCAAAGCUACACGCGAUAGCAGCCGCACGUCAAUUGAGUUAAUACAUGGCCUGAUGGCUCAAAUUGCUAAAGAUAAGCUAUUCAAUAAGAUUGGGUUGGCUAAAUAAACUGCUCAGUGGAUCCACGCCGUUAUAAAUGUCCAAUUAAAAAUAAAAAACAAUUUUGAAGAAUCGAAAAGCAGAAUUUUU